GGGAGUUCCCCGCGCCAACUCCAAGCCCAAAAGGGUCGAUUCAAGCGAGCUUUCGGAGAACCAACUUCUCCAGAUUGUGUAUUCUAUGAAUAUCGUGUAGGAACAUUAAUUUCGGGAAAAAAAAAUUUAUACUCGGAAUGUUUACAUUCGAAUCAUGAAUUUUUAGUGGUAUGAAAAAAUCAUUUUGAUUGAGGUACGGAAGCAGAAAAUGGCAACAGUUAGGGCUCUCAACCAUAUUCUCCGGCGAAAGCGCUUUACAGUAUCUAGUGUGCCAAUAUCAUCAACAUCAUCGUGCUACUUCAGCACCGGUGGCAUGUGCAGAUCUUCUAAUCAAAAAUCACUAUCGAAGGUCGAUGAGAGUAACGCGGGUGGACAGGUGUCCACCACUUUUGCGGAAGUAGUUAAGGAAAAUACAAAAUCCGCCUGGUACGUGAGUGUGAUAAUCGCCGGGGUCGGCGUGACCGCUGUGAUGUUCUACGCGAUUUUCAAGGAACUGUUCUCGGGGAAGAGUCCCAAUAGUGUGUAUUCAAAGGCCCUCGAUAGGAUAAUGAAGGACCCGAAGGUACUCGACGCUCUGGGGGAGCCUAUCAAGGCUUUUGGAGAGGAGAACCGUCGGGGUAGACGUAGACACGUGAGCCACACUGUCUACCAGCAUAAUGGCAAGCAAUAUAUGAGGAUGCAGUUCUACGUUCAGGGCCUGCGAAAACGGGGGACUGUGCAUUUGGAAGUGCGAGAGGACGAUUCAGGAGACUUCGUAUAUCGCUACAUAUUCAUCCAACUGGAAGACAUGUUGCGAACAGUUAUCAUCGUAGAGGACAACCGAGCAUCCGAAAUGCAGACAAAUAAAAUUGAGGACGUAGCGCCAUUCGCCUUUCCCCUGAAUUAACAGAUAAUCCCCGCACUGUAGAUUUAUUGCCCUUACGUCUAGUCUGAACUGUAUAAAAUCUCCAUCAGACACGACAGAUUGUUCUCCAGAAAUAAAUUUUUACACAUUAAACCCA